CUCGCCUGGUGACGCCUGUGACUGCUGGAGAAAGUAGGCUGGACCAGAGUCAGUAGUGGUUGAGCUGUGAAGUGUUGGUACACGCAGAGGAGCUUUCACAUACGGAUGCAAUCAGCACAGGGAGGCUUAUUUUACAGUAGCAAAACCUUGUAGGCAGCACUGUACGUCUCUGGUUGGGAUCUUUCUUCUUGUGGAGUACAAGAUCAAAAGCAGCAAAUGUUUCCGGUCAGGCAGCCUUGGCUUUGCAAAGCCUUAGGUUGUUAUGAUUGCUGUGUCCGGUGCAUUGGGGCAGUGCCCUACCCAUCCCUGGUGGCCACAUUGCUGCUCUAUGCUGGCAUGGCAUUAUUUUGUGGCUGUGGGCACGAAGCGUUGACCCAGACCGAAGUACUUGUUGAGACCUACUUCGCCCGCAACGUUCAGGACUUUGAGGUCAUGGCCUCCUUUAUCAAAUAUUUCCAGUAUGUGAUCUAUGGCCUGGCAUCGUUUUUCUUCCUCUAUGGUAUCCUGCUGCUGGCUGAGGGUUUCUAUACCACAAGUGCUGUCAAGCAGACAUUUGGUGAAUUCAGGAGCACCCAUUGUGGCCGCUGCCUCAGCCUGACGUUCAUCAUAGUGACGUAUAUCUUGGCCUUCAUCUGGCUAGUGGUGUUUGCCUUCACUGCUAUCCCAGUCUUCUUCCUGUUCAACAUGGAGCAGACAUGCCACGACAUUAACAUCCUGGCUGAAACAACCCCCAGCAUUAAUCAGCACGGCUGGAUUUGCAUGGACGCCAGGCAGUAUGGUCUGCUUCCUUGGAAUGCAAUGCCAGGCAAGGCUUGUGGAAUGACCUUGGCAUCUAUUUGCAAAACCAGUGAAUUCUACGUCACCUAUGACUUGUAUAUAGCUGCAUUCGCUGGUGCUGGGGUCACUCUCUUAGCACUGUUUCUGUAUCUGGCUGCCACCACCUACAACUACGCAGUCUUGCGGUUUCUGGGUAGAAAAGGUGUCCGCUAAGUACAACAUCUCCAUCCCAGUCAACCCCAUCUUCUGGCUCCGAGAUGGACAGUCAACACUUUUCCAACUGUAGAUUUCCAUUCAUCCUGUCGGAAAACAGCAACCUCCAAACCUGGAUUCCCUGCUAUUAUUUAUUUCAACCUGUCCAAUAACAGACAUAUGUUUCUCAUCACUGUUUUGUUUGAACAACAGACAGAGAGAUGAAGAUAUAGUUCACACCCUGAGCAGCGAGCUCUGGCCCUCUCCUCAAAUCCUGAUCUCAGAUGAUUCUCUUAGAUCUGUUGUUCAUUUUCCUUUUGCAGGUUUUAUCUCUCGUUUUAUUGUCUUUUUUCUGAGGCUUCACUGGUGCUGAUGCUGUUGUCAGAUUGUGAUCUAUGAUGUUUCAUGAAUAAUUAAGAAUAAUGACAGCUUGCCCCGAAAAAUCCUAACUGCGGGACCGCAAUUCAGUGUUUACUGAUGCAUAUGUUGGUUCGAAUAUGAUUUGGCUGCUGCCUCAUUAUCACCAUCUUGUGGAUCAACAGUGUGUGUACUUAAACAAAUGAAGCUGGGUGUACAAAAGUUCUCUGCAAGGGUUAAAUGUAUCCUCCUAUUGUCCUGUUCACUUACAAAACAAGCACUUAGCAUUCGGCCAUAAUGCAUUUCUGCUUUUUUUUUUAAAUACCACUGUUGAGGGGUUAUGUAUAUCCAUUUCCUAGAGGUUUUUCAGUUACUGCUUAAAAUAAGCUGCUGCCGUUGUGCCACUGAGGUGUUGAUGCCUCAAUAACUUGCCUCCAAGUGUUUGAUGUGUUGGCCGGCUACUUAAUGUUGUUUGUGCUCAUUUGAAUUUAAGGCUGAUUAAACUAUUUAAAUCAUA